CGUCGAAUGCGCACUGCAUGGCUGAGCAACACCAACAAGCUACGUACUGUACGUCUAAGACCUCAGCAAUACGCAACUCCCCAGCCGCCGGCAUUUUGGUUCCAAUUCCCCGGCAUUACCACCAGAUAGUCCGGAGCGCCUUUGCCAAUCCAGCCAUUCCGACCACUCCCCCCGUCUCGACCCCGCCCUUCUACUCCGAGUCCUGCCCCCUACCCACGCCAUGGGGCCGCGCAUUGAACCACAAGAAAUCGAGACGUACUGGAAUAUCUUCUCGGCGAGGACAAAUGGCGGCAAAUUCCUGACGGGCGAGCAAGCAGCGCCCGUGCUCAAGAACAGCGGGCUGCGGGACGACCAGUUGGAGCGCGUGUGGGACCUGGCCGAUGUCGAUAAUGACGGCAAUCUCGACUUUGAAGAGUUCUGCGUCGCCAUGCGCGUCAUCUUCGACCUGCUAAACGGGGAAUACGCCGAUGUGCCGGCCACGCUGCCAGACUGGCUCGUGCCCGAGUCCAAGGCGCAUCUCGUGCAGGCGAGCCGGGCGCUCACGGGCAAAGCGGCGCAGUUUGAGCGGGUUGAGGACGACGACGACGAUACGCCGGGCUUGAAAGACGGCUUCGAUUGGUACAUGAGCCCAGCCGACAAGGCCAAGUACGAGCAGAUCUACCAAGAGAACCGGGAUAUGCGGGGCGAAGUAGCCUUCUCGUCCCUCCAAGACCUCUACGACUCACUCGACGUCCCCGACACCGACAUUCGCUCCGCCUGGAACUUAAUCAACCCGUCGGCCGCCCCGUCCAUCAACAAAGACGCCUGCCUCGCCUUCCUGCACAUCCUCAACAACCGGCACGAGGGGUACCGCAUCCCGCGGACGGUCCCCGCCUCACUCCGCGCGAGCUUCGAGCGCAACCAGAUCAACUACCAGGUCGACAGCGCGCGGAACCGGUGGGCGACCAAGGCCGACGAUGAGACCAGCACGGGCCGCAAGGCCAAGUUCGGCGACCAGUACCUCACCCGGCUGGGGCGCAGCGGGUUCAAGACGGCCGGGACCGACUUCAGCGGCGCCAAGACGGACGCCGAGUGGGAGGAAGUGCGGCUCAAGAAGCAGCUGGCCGAGCUGGACGAGAAGAUCGCCAAGGUGGAGGCGGCCGUGGAGAGGCGGAAGGGCGGCAAGAGAGACUCCAAGCCGGCGCUGGUCAAGAGGGAGCUGGAGCAGCUGCUGGAUUACAAGCGGAAGCAGCUGCGGGACCUGGAGGAGGGCAACGGGCGGAGCAAGGCGGGCAGCAGCCUCAAGAGCGUUAGUGAGGACCUGCAGACGGUCAGGGAGCAGGUUGAAGGCCUUGAGGGGCAUCUGCGGUCACGACAAGAGCUUCUGGAGCAGCUGAGAAGGGAGAUUGAGGAUGAGAAGGCGGGGAGAUAGUGGGUGAUUUUGUAUGUUCACGAGACGACGACAGACCUAGAGAAUUCAACACAACGAAUGAUAUAUUAGGGGCGUUUCCCGCCAUUACAAAU